AUGGAUAUCCAACCCCUUCAGAGCCUUUUGGCGGAAGCCAAGACCUCACUUGAAGCGUAUCAGUUGACCCAGGCCGACACAUUCCGCAUUGAAGCACAGGAAAAGGCUGCGCAACUAGCGCGCGCGCUGGAACGACCCAAAGAUGCAAUCCUCAAGCUAUCAUUUUCUCCCGUUAUUCUCAUGGCUGUCAUGACGGCCCAUGAUAUGGAUGUAUUCCCUGUGCUAGCUCAGGCGACCUUGCCAGUGCCUCUGGCCGAAUUGGCGGCAGCAAAGCCGGCAGAUCCUCUUCUCGUCGAGCGCAUUAUGCGAGUCCUGGUCGCCAAUGGCUUCGUAGAAGAACCCGCUCCCAGCGAAUACCUGCCCACCGAGUUAUGCAAAGAAAUGACACAGCGUACAUCGAUUGGAGUUGUGGGAUCACUCUUCCAUGAGUUCCUGCCCUCGGUCCAGAAAGUCCCCGAAUAUCUCCAAUCCACCAACUAUCGCAACCCAGAUGAUCCCUUGUUCGCCCCUCUUCAAUACACGCACAAUAUAAAGAUAGACGGAUUCACCUGGCUUUGCCAGAAUCCUGAAGCUUUGACUCGAUUCAAUAGCUUCAUGGAAGGACAGCGGGCUGACCGUCCACACUGGGGUGACUGGUUCCCUGUUCACGAACAGCUUCUCGAUCACCCUGACGUGACUGCUGAGGCACCACUUCUAGUAGAUCUUGGUGCUGGUCGUGGGCACGACUUGAUUGGAUUUAGGAAGAGAUUCCCGGAUGCUCCGGGUAAGCUGGUACUGGAGGAUCUAUCGUCUGUUAUUGAUGAAGUACGCGGUGCGCAAGAUCUAGAGACGGCUUCUAUUGAGACAGUUGCACAUGAUUUCUUUGCUGAGAUUCAGCCGGUUCAAGGGGCGCGCGCAUACUAUUUCAAGAAUGUGUUGCAUGACUGGUCUGACGAGAAAGCGACCAUCAUAUUUAAUCACCUGAAGCCGGCUAUGAAGCGCGGUUUCUCGAAGGUUAUCAUGGAAGAGUAUAUUCUUCCUGACCAGAAUGCUCGCUCGCUUCCUUGUAUGACAGAUAUCGCUGUGAUGGUAUUCUGCUCGGGAUUGGAGAGAACUCGUCAGCGCUGGAGUAAUCUGCUAACAUCCGUGGGUCUCCGAGUCUUAAAAUUCUGGGUGUGCGAAGGCGAUGGAUUAGGAAUUGUGGAAGCCGAAUUGGCAGAGAGCUCUUGA